AUGCUUGGCCCGCCAGCGUGGCUGUCCAACCGCAGUAUAGAAGAAAUCGCGUUUCAUUCUGACGAGUUUACUACACUACACGACGAGUUCGUGGAUGCUAUGGGAGAGCAGGAAAUGGCUCUGGACGGGACCAACGUCCACACUGAGCUGAUGUGCGCGUCCUGGGCGUCGGGCUCAUACUGGUACACGAGGGCCCUCGACUCUCCGACCGCCCUGUUGGCUCUGUACAUCAACAACAUCCAGCCUCGGUUCGGGGAAUUUAACGGCAGCACAUGGGAGGAGUUCAGCCGUCCGCUCAUGCGGUUGUGGGACGUGGACAGCCUGCGAUUCGUUUCAGCCAAGGUUCAAGAGCAGGAGCAGUACGCCGAUCAACUCCGGGCGAUGUUUUCCCCGUCCACACGCGAAGAAUGA